AAUCUCAAAGGGAAGUAAUAAUGUAAACAAAAUGGCGAGUGCAUGGAAGAUUAUCCCAUGUGCUUUGUCGGAACUUCGCCUUGACCACACUUUAAAGUGUGGUCAGUCCUUCAGGUGGAAGGAGGUGACUCCAGGUGUGUGGACAGGUGUGAUUGGACACCAAGUAUGGAGACUGAAGCAGGACGCAUCACACGUUUAUUACCAGGUGUUCCCAGGACAAGGGGCACCUGAUCCAUGUAAAUCUGACCAAAGUCUUCUAACACAGAUAAAAUCUGAACCUAAACAGAGCAUCCACCAGGCUGUAAAAUCAGAUGAGCAUAAAAUCAAAAUGGAGUGUCCUGUUGGAAGCAGUGAAAUGGGGGAUGGUGACACUAACGUAAAUGUAAUUAGAAACAAGAAGUUGGAACUAAAGGAGGAACCACUCUUCAGCUCUGAAAAGGAUGUUAAUGAAAGUGUUCUCCGUGAUUAUUUUCAGCUGAAUGUCAACCUUGGAAAACUUUACAAAUCUUGGUCGGCAGCUGAUCAAAAUUUCAAAAAAAUAUCAUCCUCUUUUCAAGGAAUCCGAAUGUUACGUCAAGAUCCAGUAGAAAAUUUGUUCUCCUUUAUCUGUUCCUCCAACAACCAUAUCAGCCGGAUCAGCUCGAUGGUCGAGAAACUGUGUGAUCAUUAUGGCGAUAAGAUUAUGGAGGUUGAUGGGAAAUUGUACCACACCUUCCCACAAGUCUCAGUACUUGCGGCUCCUGGGGUGGAAGCAAGGUUGCGGGAGCUCGGGUUUGGGUACAGGGCUAAGUACAUCAACGUGACAGCCAAGUACAUAUGUGACAACCAUACAAAGGACUGGCUCUACUCCCUGAGGAACAUGCCUUACGAGGAUACGAAGAGAGAACUGAUGAAGCUGUGUGGUGUUGGCGCCAAGGUUGCGGACUGCGUAUGUCUGAUGUCCAUGGACAAGCCAGGAUCAAUCCCGGUAGACACGCAUGUGUGGCAGAUCGCAGCUCGGCACUACAUCCCUAAACUACAGCACAGCAAGUCACUGACAGAUAAACUCUAUCGGGAAAUAGGGGAUUCCUUCAGGACUCUGUGGGGGGAGUAUGCUGGCUGGGCCCACUCGGUGCUGUUUGCUGCUGAUCUAAAGCACUUUAAGGACAUUGACAAGACUGAGGUUAAGAAGAAGUCGUCAAAUGUUGUGAAAAGGCCAGCACAGGCUCGAAGCAAGGACACAACAUCCGCUAAACGGACCAAGAAAAAGUGACUUCCGUAUUUGCGGAUUCCCAGUCUCAGAUUGCUCUGAAAAUGAAAACCUACAAACCAGAAUUCUGUCUGAGGUUGUUUGGACAGAGAUCUUACUGCACAUCGUCACUGAGGAACAUCUAGCACAACACCUGCAUCUGGUCCUCCCUUUGACCCACCACGUCUUCAAUAUGAGAGAGAGUCUCCAAGUCUUCCAGCUGUGAUAUCUAACAAUCUGUACCACUCUUAUAACUGUGAAAUAGCAAAUCUUGCCAUUAUGUGAUGUGGGGCUAUAUCUCUGAAUGAAAUCUGUGAAAAUGGACUUGUAAUGGACUCCAUCUGAAUGUGUGAUGGACCAGGGGAGGGAACUCUCCAGGUAUUUAUCUAGACCUGCUUAGAUGUCAGUAACAAAUCCCAAAUUGGAAUGAAACAUUUCCCAGUUCAUGCUGUUAUAGUAAUGUUAUGUCUUUGUACUUCACUGAUAGCAGGACCAAUAUAGAGGCAGUGGUAUUAAUGAUUAGUUUAACAUUAUGGCAUGGAAUGCAGUGUUAUUAUUCAAUAUUAAACAUGUCAAAAUACCUUUGAAUCUACGAAAAAAACCAAUAAUCUUAAUUUCAAACAAAGUAACAAUGUCCCCAAUUUUCCCCCCAAGGGCAUUAUUUUUGGAAACCUAGAUAAAUCUCUGCUCUCGGUAGAUCUCCAGGAUUCACUUGACAGAACAAUCUUUGUUACAAUCGAUCUUAGGCGCCUACAAUCGCUUUGUGCAAGAGGAUGGCAAUUGUAGCCGAAGCCUAAGUUUGCAACCCUAAAGAUUUACAAUAAUUGUAGCGCUAAGCUUGUUCUGUGCAAGUGGACCCUGGUAAUCCAACUUUUUCAGGGGACAGACUCCCUCCCUACAUGACCUGAAAGUGUUCUCACCAGGUUGUGGGAUGACUCAACUCGCAAAUACGGUUUAUAGGAUCAGAUGUCUUGCAUCAAUUCAACAUCACAUUGGGCAUACUCAGCCUUAGAAAUCUGUGUUUUAAGACUGGUCCUGAGGACUGAAGUAAGGCUAAUGUCAUGAGUUUAAAGCUAGUGCUGCUUAAAGG